UUCGGUCAUUCCAUUCCUCCGAAGUUUUUACUUUUAUAUUUUACUCCUCCUGGUUUCGGUGUGCUAUUGUAAAUUUAAUUAAGUCAGCUUUUUCUCCUCCUUUCCGUCGCCGACGCUAGUGUGAUUUACCUUCCAACGGACUUAACUCAGCAUUUAGCAGUAAAAAAUAAACACCAACAGAAAACAAGAAUGUGGAAUUAAUUCAAAAUGAAAUUCUAAGAAGAAAAAGAGUGAUUUUGUGGAAAUAACUCCACAUCAGCUCACACGUCUGCCCAACCGCAAUUCAUAGGUGACCCUGGCCUAUACAAAAUGAUCGAUUCAGGUCUCAUGCAGUCUGCAAAUCUGACAGAAUUUAUAAUUCAAAAUGCAACAACGACAAUGUCAUCGGGAGCUUUCAUCGGCUCCGGAUGGGUUUCACCCUCGUCCUUGUCAACGACAAAUUUUAGAGGAAAUUUAUCCCUGGAGGCAGCGACAUUUACAUCGUUGCUCGGCAAUAAAACGGCCUUUCGGAAUUAUAAUAGCAGCAAUGAUGGAAGUGAUGAUGAUGAUGAUUCCAGUUCCGGUAUGCUGCUGGACAAUGAGGACGAUGACACGUAUAAUAGAUGUGACCCCAGUGGUAUUCAUUUCAACUGUACAAGGGAUGAAUUUCUCGAAUACGCCAGAGGACCACAACAGAUGCCUAUGAUAACAGUAAUGCUGGUCACAAUCAUAUUUGGCGGAAUCUUCAUAACUGGCAUUCUUGGAAAUGUUCUUGUUUGCGUGGUUAUUGUUCGCCAUUCUACCAUGCAUACGGCAACAAAUUAUUAUUUAUUUAGUUUAGCUGUGUCGGAUCUCAUGUUCCUGUUGUUGGGUCUUCCAUACGAAAUAAGUUUAUAUUGGCAUCAGUAUCCUUACAAUUUGGGUCUUCCGUUCUGUAAAAUACGAGCACUAAUUUCUGAAGCAUCGACAUAUGUAUCCGUCCUAACAAUAGUAGCAUUCUCAAUGGAACGCUUUUUGGCCAUCUGCCAUCCAUUGCACCUGUAUGCGAUGAGUGGUUUCAAGCGAGCCAUCAGGAUAGUUGCAGCCUUGUGGGUGAUAAGUUUCAUCAGUGCGAUUCCCUUUGCCAUUCUGACGAAAAUCGAUUAUCUAAAGUAUCCGCCUGAUAACACUACUAUAGAGAAGUCAGCAUUCUGUGCGAUGCUUGACUAUCCGGAGGGAUUUCCAUUGUGGGAGCUGUCCACGUGCUUGUUUUUUGUAAUACCAAUGGUCCUUAUUAUGAUAUUGUAUGGCCGAAUGGGAAUGCAGAUAAGGUCGAGGACGACACAACAACUGGGAGUUCAACAAGGAUCGAUGCACAAGGAAUCAAGACAUCAGCAAUCGCGGAAGGCUGUGAUACGAAUGUUAGCUGCUGUUGUCAUCACGUUUUUUGUUUGUUGGGCGCCAUUUCAUGCUCAACGUUUGCUCUAUUUAUAUGCCGGGCAAUGGGACCAUUACCAGGAUGUCAAUGAAUGGCUGUUCUCGUUUGCUGGCUUCAGUUAUUAUGUUUCAUGCACGAUUAAUCCAAUUUUAUAUAAUGUGAUGUCACAUCGGUAUCGGGUGGCAUUUAAAGAAACUCUUUGUGGCAAACGAAGGAGUUUUUAUUUCAACAAUGGCUUCGCCAGGGAUCAAUCGAGUUUUCGAGAGACAACAAUAGCAUCGACUGGUGGACCUUAUGACCGAGUUUAUUCCACCCGAAUGAGAUCCGUUCGAAAUAUGACUUAUAGAGAUAGAGGAUCAAUAAAAUCAACAAACAGUAUCUGGAUGAAAAAAUCCGAUUACGAAAAGUCAGCACAAAAUAACCUUAAACAGGACCAAAAUAACCACAGCACUAAUCUUGUCGUCGUUGUAGACAAAAACGUUAAUGGACGCCCUAAAGUCUACACUGAAAACGAUGCCCAAGAGAAUUUAAUAAAAAACAACGAAACGUGCAUUUAACAUGCUCUGGGACUUGAACUGAAUCUGGAACCAACAUCACCGUCCUUACGCAGUUCGAGCACCAAACGUUGUGGUAGAAAUUUUCUACACGUACACUACUCACCGGAUACUCACAUUAUCACGUGAAUAUACUCUAUUCCUAUAUUCGUAUAUACAUACAUAUGUAUACAUUGUAUAGGUAGAUUUGAAGUGAAAUGAAGUGAUGUGAGUGCAAGGACAUUAUUAUACCAAUUUAAUUAUUAUUAAUAUUAUAAUGUAUUGUUGUUAUUGCUUUUAUUUUUUUAAAUUAAAUUUUUACUACCAAAAUAAUAAUAAUAAUAAUAUUGUAUUGUUGUAGUUUUUGGACUGCUUUUGUUACGCAAUCUUUGUAAAUAAUGUACUAUAAAAAAAAAAACAAACAGUUUAAAAUUUAUUAAAUAUAAACAAAAGAAAACAAAAUAAAUUAUAAGCCUAGUCGAAUAAGUUUUUAAAAGUUGUGAUUGUGAUGUGAUCUAUCUAAUAAAGGAGAUUACCAACGAAAAGAAAUGAUAUUUACAUAUAAUAAAAUCUUCUUAUUAUAUCUUAAUAUCUUCAAAAAAAAAAAUUAAAAAUAAAAACA